GCAACAUAUUCAGUCUAGCUACAAAAACCAGACCCUUAAUUAUAAAUUUCCCAGUUUUCCGAAGCAGAACUCCAGCAAAAUGGCCGCAAAACCUGAGAACUCGAAUACAAAUUUAGAGCGCAAAGGGAAACUAAGUUUUGAUAAAUCACUAAGCUGUCCAAACGAAACCGGAGAAAAUCCCACUACAUUCAAAACUCACGUUUUUCGAGGGACUUUUGAAAACAAGAUGUUUGCCUGUAUACGACGGUAUGAAAAAGACAGUUUGAAAUUGAAUCUUAUGUGUCACACAAGAGAAACCCCACCAGGAGAAGGUAAAGCGAUCGAUGAAAUCCAAAGAGACAUCGACGUCCUUCAACAACCAAAGCAUCUACAAGAAAAUUUCAUUCGUUAUUUAUGUAGUGAAAAAGAUGACGACUUUUUGCAAUUAUGUCGCCACAGAGUGGUGCAUCUGUUCCGUGGAAGACCUCUACGAAGGUAAAGGCAACGGAUUCAACUGGGCGAAGGAGAAGAUUGACAAGGAACUAAUCAAGGAAUCACUGGGAGAAAAAGAAAUAUUACGACAAGCGGCCGAAGGACUUGCAUUUUUACAUGCGCUGGGGUUUGUCCACCGAAACCUAAAGCCCAGCAACUUUCUGAUCGCCCAGCUUCAACAGUUUCGUUGCGAUCGAUUUCACUACUUGGUCAAACUCUCGGAUUUUCGUAUGAGUAAAAAACCGAUUGAUUGUCCCAUUGUUUCUGACACGAAAGGGUCGAAAGGAUGGACCUACCCGAAACCGGCAACACUGAAUACCGAAGCAAAAACGUCGACCUAUACCAGCGCGGGGAUGUAUUUUUCCUUGGUUGCUUUUUUCAUUACGUUUUAACCAAAGGCAAACAUCCAUUCGGAGAUACCACCUCCAUCCGCGAAAGAAAAAUCAAUGAUCCUAAUCAUUUUGUGUAUCGCAAUGAUUGGAAUCCAAACAUUUUCGGAGAGAAUGAUGACCGACGAGCCGUCACUCUUCUAAAGGAUAUGAUUAAAUUCAAUCUGAAUGACAUAUGUGCUCUAGACAAAAUCUUUGGAUCGCGUUAUUCUUUACCGCAUAAUUUUACAAGCUAUACGGUCUACCGGGUGUCAAACCGGGGCUGUGCGUCAUAUUUAACCAGGAGAAAUUUGAAAAUAAAUCCUUUCGCGAUGGAAGUCAUGUUGACAAAGAGUCCCUAAGGCGUGUGUUUAAAGAAUUUUGAUUUGACGUAAGAAUUUUUGAGGACUUGAAAGUUAAAAAUCUUUGCUAUAGCAUCGAAGAUUUGGCAAAGUAUGAUUUCUCUUCCUACGCCAGCC